CGCACCACGACCACGAGCCACGAGGACGCUGAAGCAGAAUUAAAUGUAUCCCUAAUUUUACUAAAUAUUAAAUUAGUAAUUAAUUAUUAAUCCCCAAAUUAUGAAUUAAGGAUAAUUGGACUUUAGUUUCCUCGUUUGCUAAAUGGGUAUAUUCAUUUCAUUUGGUAAGGUUUAUGUAACUGGCUAAGUAAGUGGCUAAAUAAAUAACAAUAAACGGCAACCAACCGGCGGAAGCAGAAAUUCUGCUGCAGAAUGGUUGAAAUCCCUAUGAAGCAUUAUUCAUUGGUGUCCUCCCUGAGUGUAAUUUUGCUAAUAAAAUAGGCCAGAUUUGUGAAUUCAAUUUAAUUGUCAAUCUACUCUUAAUUUUAGCUCUGCUGUGCUGCAGAAGGAAUGGAGGCUUGGAAAGCGUGCUGCGGAAAUCGGAACAAGUUUUAUACCCACACUUUUGAGCUUACAUCCAUGGUAAUCUGGUCCUGGAACAAGUCAAGCAAAUCGUCUUCGCAUCUGCCGUCGUCGUGGCCGUGGCACGACCCAAACAAACGCGAGCCCUCAUGGAUCGUUGCAUUCAUUCUCCACCGAAUCCGGUACCACUAAGGAGGCAUGGUCGAAAAAUUCCAUCCCCUCUAACAUAAGCUCUGGAUAUAUUUUAGGAUACAACUGGAAUGGAAGCUCCAAGCAAUGACCCUAAGCAUCCUUCUAUGAAUUCAGCUUACGCAUUUGUACAUAUGCAUUUGUGGAAAGGGUCGUCUCUUCUUCCGUUCCAUCCAUUCACCGAAAAUAUUGACGUGUUGAGUGGUGUAGCAGUUUGCUUUCGAGUCCCUCACGUCGUAAUACCAUACAACAGUUAAACCAGGGACAGAAACCUGAAUCUGAUUCCGAUAUCAUCAUCAUCAUGGAAGGCAGAAUUACUAUGCAAGUUCGUUGGCUUGACUUAAAAAGCUUUCGCUUCUGCACCCUUCACUUGCUAUUGACGGACUCGGAAUAAUAUCAAACAAUACCGAAAACCUGCCAAAUCUCAGUCAGUCAGAUAUAAUCAUGAUGCUUUGAAAGAUAUAUUAUAUAGAGUAGAAGAAUCCAUCAAGAUUUAGGUGUUAUUUUUAAAAGCGUUGUGUGCAUAUCUGUCAUUUUUAAAAUCCUGUUCGUCGUCCAUCGUUGUGGGAUACAAGGGGAUGCCGAGGAUAAUUCACUAAAUGUUUUUUGUUGUUCUUGAAGAUAAAGUACGCUAAUGAGAAUGUGGUGGUGGUGGUUCGCUGUGCUUUAUCACCGCUUUCUACAUAUACUAAUAGUUGUAUAUGACCAUAUAUAACAAGUGAUGCACGGCACACUCUCGGUCGGUGGCGUGGCUUGCUCCACGGUUUAGUCAUUAUGAUGAUGAUGAUGUCGCUGCAUAUGUAGGAAGGAGGGCACGGGUUUGCUCGGCAGUCAGCCACACGGCCACUAUCUAUCCGUACCUUACUCGUCUAUUUAUGUAUAUAUUAUGUUUUUAUCACCAACCUCACUUAUAUUAAUCUUUUGAUAGCAUUUUACGCCGGUGUGGUGUUGUGAAUCCUCGUCCUUUUUGAGAAGAACGGAUGGAAUGAAUAUCGUCGUCUUCAUCGUCAUCUUAAAGACCUUUUACAAUUGGAUGAGAGAGGAGAGAACUAAACGAACGAACUCGCUUGACAUGCCUCCUCCUUUUACCAUCUCCAUUAUUAUGGGAAGAAAUAACGCAUCUUACAUGUAAUGGUAUAAUGCAAUAAGAGAGGAGAGACGCCUGUGCAUGGGUAUGCAUGGUAAAACAAAAAGACCUUCGGCUUCUUGAACAACUGAGGAAUCGUGCCUAAGAAGUAAGAACUGUUGCCCGUGGCCUGCUGCUGCUUCUGUUGGAAAAUAGCUAUUACACAGCUGCUCUGUUUUGUUCAUCCACCAACAACUUUACCACCACCACACAACCACAUUAUUCAUUCCUAAAUGCUCGAGGAAGAUUUGAGAUCAACUCCUGCUCUUGCUUUGCUCCUUCAAUAAGCUAAAGAAGAAGAAGAAGAAUGAAAGAUAAUAAAAAAAAUCCCACUCUUAUGCCCUGAUCUGGCCUUUCGCAGAGUGACUGAGGUGAUCUAUCAAUCAUCUAAAGCAACAAGAAUUUGUUGUCAAAUAUUCUUCACACUGGAGCAGAAAACUAGAAGUCUACUCUGCAAUCUGUACACAACAGGCCGACUAUUUCUUUUAUCCUUCUCAAUGUUAGUGGUGUGACUGACUAAAUAACUUCAAACACGGUUUAUCGCUGUUUAUGCAAAACAAAACGACGAAAUCGAAAUGUCUACAGGCAUCGUUCAUCAACCCGACACUCCAGUUUCUUCUGGCAGCCCUGCCAGCGUCGGAAUUGAAACCGAAACUUCUAAAUUGGAUUGUUUUGGCAAGAACGAUGAAUUGGUUGAGGAUAGCUGUUCGACCCCACCUAUGAAUGAGAAUGAAGAUUGUCACAGCGGUAGUUCCUCGUCUUCACCUGCAAUGAUGACUCCAACUCUUAGUUUUACCCCUCCAACCAAUGGAAUACUGACACCUCCGAAUGAUGCAGACAUUUCAAUUGAUUCAGGGAAAUCCGACAAAGGCUCUGGAAGACUCAAAUUUUAUAAGGAUGGAGUAUUGUGCUUGGAACUAUCUCACCACGACGAAGGUGAAAAGCGAAAAUGGGUACAGAUUCGAAGCAAGACAAUUUUUCCAACUGUAGUCCAUACAAAGAAAGAAGUCACCAUUCCACGACAUGUUUCCCCAAGUCCAUCAUUCCAUAGUCCCUUAUCUGUGACAAACAGUUUACAGCAAAGAUUAGAAAGUUCGGCUUCGCAUAGCACAGCUUCAGAUGAUGGAUCCUCAAUGUUAUCAUCACCUCGAAUCAGGGAGAGUAGUUGGAGAAAACCGGUGCCUCACAAAGGAGUUUCCUUAUGCCUUGAAUUUUUAUUGAAAUCCGCCCCAUGUGUCAAACAAUUCCGAAAACAUUAUUAUUCCAAGAUAUUCCAAUCACCACAAAACUAUCGAAAGCCUUGCAAUUAUAAUAACUAUGAUAAGAAGAGUAUUAACUACCUACAAAAGACGCCCGGCCUCAAAUGCUCGUGUGAUAUUUUUCAUAGUCUUAAUGACAAGUGUGAGGCAGUUGUUGAAGACACUCUUGUUGAGAAUAGUAGUACUUUAGUUGGAAAAGGUGGUGGUGGUGACCAAGAAAACAUUGAGAAGAAGAGAAGAACAAAGUCGCCAAGUUUGGAAUUUUUAGUGAAAAGGCUUCAUCAUGAAAAUGAAAAACAAUUCAAAUUAUUAGCCAGCAUAAAAAAUGUUCACCGAGCUAUGGAUCAUCAUCAGCAAAAUGACAGGAGGGCAACCAGUGACCACCACCAUUAUUCUUCAUUGCCAAAAAAACGUUCCUUCAAGGAAACUGAUAUGAAGGACUCGUCACCUCUCCGUCCUGCCAAACUUUCUCCAAAAUCUAAGAGUGUGAAAACUAUUUUAAACAUUCCUGGUUUUAAUAAUGAGUUCUCCAAAUGUUCCACUACCAUCUCUCCUGAAAAUGAAAUUGAUCGAGGCUCUUCUAGCUCUUAUUUUGCUGAGCCAUCCUCUUCAUCAUCAUUGGUUUCUAAUAACUUUGAUGGGAGACAAAUAAAACCUGAUGCUUCUACCAGGAAAAAAUCAGGCACUAAUCGAGUACCACACAAUCACUACGAAUCAGUAGCCGGGGUAGUAAAUUAUACCUCGGUCGCUAAACCACCUCGGAAAAGUCCAACGACUUCUCCAUCUACUAAACACCUCUCGCUAAACAGCUCGAGCUCUAUUCAAAGUGCAAUGUAUUUAUCCUCUUUGCCUCCUGAGCAGCAACAAAUUUUUCAACAACAAACAAUGUCCAAAGCCAUUUCGUACACAAUCAACUCCUUGUUAAGUCCGCACAAUAAUCAGGAGUCGUCAUUGUCAUCGUUGAGAAAUUUAUCCGGAAAACUGACAGGUACUCCACAAGGAAAGGAUAAAACAAAAGCUGGAAAACGGGAACUUAACAAGAGCAGCAAUGUACUUUCAAUGCAACAUGCUUCAAAUUAUUUUGGUAUAAAAGGGGACCAUGACCAAAACUCAUUUCUUCGUCAUCUUUUGGACACUUCAGAUCCCAUUCCAAAUCCUACCCUUCAAGAAUCCUGCAAAUCAGAAGUAGUUCCAGCACCCAAUCCUAAUAAUUCCAACAGCGGCAGCAGCACCAACAACAACAACAAUAACAUCAACAAGGGCAAACAACAAUCUCAAUCAGCGUCUGAUGUCAGAAAAACGUCCAGUAAAUCUAAAGAAAAAUUGCAACAACAACCCUCUGCCACCAUUGUGGCUGGGGGUGGGGGAGGGAAUGUCCAUCCAACUUCAUCACAACAGCAGUUUCAACAUCAACUUGCAGGAUUCUUUCCUCCUGCUGCUGCGUUUAUGCAACCGUCGUUGUUUGGGGCUGGAUUUCCUUUACAUUUGCAAGGAUACGAGUCCCUUUUCGGCGGACAUCAUCCAUCCGUUGGUGCUCUUGCCGCAGCAGCCGCUGCUGCUGAGCUUCAGUAUCAAUCGCUUCUCCCUCCAAGUAUUCUUCAACAGAUGAACCCCUCAAUGGCUGCUGUAAUGGCUGCGUCCUAUCUUGGUGCAUCUCCAAGUGGUGGUGGUUUACCUCCAACCUCGUCAUCGUCGUCGUCAGGCUCGAUGGCACCCUCUUCAAGAUCUCCACCGAAUUCUCGACGUUCCGAAAAUUACAACAACAAUAGUAAUCGUAAUAAUAAUAAUGGUAGCAAAAGUAUACCUUUAAACUUGAGCCAAAGGGGAAUAUCGCCUGGAGGAACUACUCCAAGCGGCGCUUCCUCGAUACCAGUUCCAUUCCAUGCUCCCAGCCGUGAUAAUCCACAUUCUCGCAUUGGAUCUGCUUCAAGAAAUUCUUCCUCCAGAGGAAGAUUAACUAAGGCCCUUGAUGUUAUAGAUGAUGAAGUGCCCCUCAAUUUGAGCAAGAGAACGUAAACUAUCGGUAGAAAAGCCGUUCUGGUGGUGUGGAUUGGUCCGAGAUACCACCACCAGAAGAUCUCCAAGAUGCGUGCCACACUGUAUAAAAAACUGAAGCUUAUUUAACUACUACAAUUGACGUCAAACCAACAACUAUUGGUUAUUAUUAAUUGAAACAGCAACUUACAUCUUACUAUUUGUGAACUGAUUGUGAGCUUUAAUUAUUCUACCUUAUAGUAGAUAUUCGCAAACAUUUACAUGUAGAUAAUAUAUAGAUUAUAUAUACAAUCCUCCAACCAAGACUUGUAUUUGCGCUUCCCCAAAAUGGGAUGGGAGUUUAAAAGUAAAAGUUUUAUUAUUAGUUUUUAUUUAUAACGUGGACCGGUACACAGUACGUAAAUGUUGGAAUUUUUCAAUUUAUUGUCAUUAUUUAAACGUUUUUGUGUUCUUUUUCUUAAUGCAAAUCCUGAUAACUCGAGGGAACUGAUUAAUAAUUUUUAGUUUCUCUACAUAGUCAUUUUAAAUACGAAAAUUUAUCAUUAAUAUUGAUAUAUUAAUCGUCUGUGCCAAUUAAAAAAUGGGAACAACCAAUGCAAUUUAUAGUUCCACAGAAGAAUGAAUACUGUCACAUGCUUAUGACAAACUAACAACAUUAUAUAACAAAGUUCAAAAUGAAAAGUUUGAUUGAACAAGUCAUCAAAACUAAUCAAAAGUGCAAUGUUAUCUCACCCUCUGAACUUUUUGGUACUGCAAAAAUAGUGUUUAUUAAAAAAUAAUCUUAAAUCUACAAUAUAAUUUUCAUAAUUGUAGGCCUAUCAAAUCAAACUGUUUUAAAACUCUUAUUAAACAAGAAACGAUGGACUGCAACCGUGCUAUUUCAAAUGAAUUUGCCUUCACAUUGAACAAAACUACUUUCAAACGCCUCGAAAAAAUUUCAAUUUCUACUAAUGCUAUGAUGUGUGACAUAUUGUGUGUAUAUGGGUGGACGUUAUGAAUGAUUUGAUCAUAAAUUUAAUCAGAAUCUCACUUUGCCUGUGGAUGUUUAUAUGUGAGCACUGUCCAUCCAACAACCACCCUUAAUUCGUCCUGUUCUUUCUGCCCAUUGCAAAACAUUUAAUGAAAUGUACAUCGUUUCCGACCUUUAUACAAGCUAUUUUUCCACACCUCUUCUAAUGUUUAGUGUAGCUUUACGUGUUCUUGAAUUUUAAGACCUGACAUGAAACCAUUGUUAUAAUCACCCACGUGUCUGGAAAUUCUACCGUUUUCUGAAACGUGUCCGUGUGAAUAGACUUUAUGUAUCUCAUAAUGUAACUGCAAUUUUGUUAUUCAUGAACUAUUUUAUCAUAUGCAAUCAAAGCAAACUAAAAAUAAAAAAGAUUAUAUACAAAAAAUA